AUGCAGCUGCUGCUCAAUGCGGCCGACAUUGACGCAGCUCAAGCGAUUGCCUUUUGCGGGCUUCCGCUGCUGGUGCACCCAUUGUUGCAGAGCCUCUUCAGUGGCGAUUCGCUGGAGGAGGCUCUCCAGCAGGUGCAAGGGCGGAUCGGCCAGGUGUCGCCGGCCAGGCUUCUGCAGGAGCUGGAAGACAAAGAGCCCAGCAUCCUUUUGCGCACCAAGGAGCUGUCCGAAGGCAAGCUGGCACAGGAGGUCUUGCAGUUGGAUGGAUGGCGCGGGCAGGUGGCGGCGCGAUUGCUGCUGAUCGAGAAGCAGCUGGCCCUGGAGAUGUUGGGACUUGCGCAGUCAGCCGACAGCACAUCCAUCACAAAGGCCUUCAAGAGACGCGCCGUGGAGCUACAUCCUGACAAAGGGGGCGACCAGGAGGAGUUUCAGCUUCUCCAGCAGAUGAAGGAUGUCCUGCUGGGUUCGAAGGCAUCGGCCGAGAAGCAGGAUGACGAGACUGGAGUCAGCGCGUCGCCGCGAAAAAGAAGCAGCGAAGCAUUUGGAGACUCCCAAGACACUGACGAUGAGAUCGACAAUUUGCUUAGGAAUCGAGGAGCCGCUGAUGAGGCCACGCCGGCCCAAAGCCGCACCAGCCGCAAGGCUGGACUGCAGGCCAGCCGCGUGAAGCUGCACCAAGCCGUGUCCCACGCUUGGUCCCGUUGCGGGCGGCUGUGCUCGCAGCUGUCCAGAUACAAGCAGGCAGGUCAAGGCCCGCAUGCUGAUCUUUUGCUGGCGCCUCUGGAAACCUUCCUUGCCAAGUUUGAGCAGGAGGGCGAAGAGCCGCGAUGUGCGCCCGAUGGCUCACGCCUGGGCUUGUUGGUUUCACGAGGUGCAGAGUUCCUGGGUGCCGCCGCCCUCCUGGACCCCGAGGCAACUCUUGCAGUCCUGACGAAGAGUGGCCACAUGUCAGAGAUCCAGGAGCAUGAGGGGUGGCCGCGACUGAUUGAAUCAAUGCGCAGGCUCCCAUCACAGGUAGAGUCCUUCUUAGCUUCAACCCAGCAGCUCGGCCUUGAGGGCGCUCCUGUGGCGAAGCCUGCAAAGGAAGCUGAGCCCGGCACCUCGAUGCUCGUACCUCGGGAGUCCGCUUUGCAAGAGGUUGAAGCUGCGGCUGCUGCCACUGCCGUCCAAUGCGAGGGAGCGCCGAAACUGGCGACCUGCGACGGGCAGCCGCAUAAACCAGGAUGCGUUUGCACCAAAUGCUUGCGCCGUCGCUGGGGCUUCCAGAAAGUGGAACCACCCGGCAGAGGGUACAGAGGCUUUUAA